AUGUCCAACAAGGAGCUACUUCGAGAAUAUACCGAUCCGGCAAUCUACAACUCUCACCACGAGCGCUUCGAACGCCUCGGCCUUCCUCACACCCAAGAAGAAUGGAUUCAACGUGCUGCAGAUGUCGCAGAAAUUCUCGGACAAGAUGCCGCACAGCGAGAUAUCGCAAACAAGUCUCCCAAAGCAGAAGUUGCGUUGUUGAAAUCUGCGGGAUUGCUUAAAGUGUUGGGGCCGAAGAAAUAUGGGGGUGGAGAACAGAGUUGGGAAACGGGCUAUAAAGUUAUUCGUGAAGUCGCUAAGACAGAUGGCUCCCUGGGCAUGUUACUCGGCUAUCAUCUCCUCUGGUCCACCACCGCCAACGUCGUCGGCACUGAUGAGCAGCAGGAGAGUGUCCAAGAGGUCAUCAUUCGGAACAAUUUCUUCGUCGGAGGUGCGGUGAAUCCUCGUGACAAUGAUUUGAAAAUUACAGACGACGGAAAUGAGAUUGUGUUUCAUGGGAGCAAGAAUUUUAAUACGGGAGGCGUGGUGAGCGAUCUCACUGUUCUUGAAGGUGUCCUCGAUGGCACGGAAGAUCACAUCUUCACACUGGUCAAGACCGAUCAGCCUGGAAUCCAAUUCGCGCAUAACUGGGAUAAUGUCGGACUUCGUCUGACCGAGUCUGGGUCCGUCAAAAUCGACAAUAUCCGCGUACCAUGGACAGAUGCUCUGGGCUGGGAUGCCACGACCAAGCGACCAAUCCCCGAAGUGCUGGGGAUACCGUUUGCGAGCUUGCUGUUACCGACCAUCCAGCUCGUCUUCAGCAACUUCUAUUUGGGCAUUGCGCAGGGUGCGCUCGGUGCUGCCACGCAGUACACGCGGAACGGCACUCGUGCGUGGCCCUACGGCGGUGACAAUAAAGACAAAGCUACCGACGAGUGGUAUAUCCUCGAGAGAUACGGUGAAUAUCGUGCGCAUCUGGCCGCAGCGGAUGCUCUUGCCGAUCGCGCUGGCGCUGAGAUUGCCAAUCUCUAUCGCGAAGCGGGCCACAAUGGUCUCACGAAUGGAAACCAUGCACUGUCAUCACGACGCGCCGUCAUCACUGCCCAACGUCGUGGCGAGGUUGCGGCUACAGUGGCACACGUCAAAGUCGUCACCACCGACACUGGCCUCGCUGUCACGAGUGGUAUCUUUGAGAUGCUGGGCGCUCGUGCUACUGGUAGGAAAUAUGGCUUUGAUCGAUACUGGCGCGACAUCAGGACCCACUCAUUGCAUGAUCCAGUUGCGUACAAGAAGCGUGAGGUUGGACGAUACCAACUUCUGGGUGAGAUUCCCGAACCCACGUGGUACACCUGA